UGGAGGUGGAGCACAGCGAGUUGAGGUAUAAAUGCAGCGGAUGAGCGGAAGACGGCUUGAGUCGGCUACAAGAUGCUCGGCCUGAUCGUCGUCUCGCUCCUGGGCGCCGCAGCUGCAGCACCUGCGGAUGACAGGAUCGUGGGUGGCUACCAGUGUGAAGCCCACUCUCAACCCUGGCAGGUGUCCCUCAAUGUCGGCUACCACUUCUGCGGCGGCUCCCUCAUCAACGACCGGUGGAUCGUCUCUGCAGCCCACUGCUGGCAAAACCCUUUUUCACAGAUCGCCAUCUUGGGUGACCACCACAUCUGGAUGCAGGAGGGCCCGGAGCAGUACAUGUCGGUGGACGCCAUCUACUGGCACGAGCGCUACGACUACCAGACGCUGGACUACGACAUCAUGCUGAUGAAGCUGGCGCACCCCGUCACCGUGAACCAGCACGUCCAGCCCGUCGCGCUGCCCGAAGCCUGCCCCGCGCCCGGGGACAUGUGCACAGUGUCCGGAUGGGGCAACAUCUACACCGAUCAAGUGUUCAACCCGUUUUACCUUCAGUGUUUGGAAGUCCCCAUUCUGUCUAACAAGGACUGCGAGGGUUCCUACCCCGGCAGGAUCACUGACCGCAUGGUGUGUGCCGGGUACCUGGAGGGGGGGAAGGAUUCCUGUCAGGGUGACUCUGGUGGUCCUUUGGUGUGCAACGGGGAGCUGCACGGUGUCGUCUCCUGGGGCCAGGGCUGUGCUCAACCCAACUACCCCGGCGUUUACACCAAGGUCUGCUCUCUGACGCCCUGGAUCAACGAUAUUCUCUCCACAUACGCGUAGCUCUGGGAUCUACUAUCCAGAGCUACGCGAGCGAGGGGAAACAGGACGGAGAUUGGAACGGAAACACGAGGCAGCUGACAGCUGUAUGAGUGGAAGCAGGGUGGGAGAGAGCGGAAGUAGGGUUCAGGGCACAAUCAAUAAAACCUAGAUUGUUGUGAUGCA